AUUCUUCAAAAGCGAUCGCAUUCCAUCUGGAGUUGACCUGCGUCUUUAUCUUCUUUGAAAGAAUAUUUUCAUACAUUGCUUUCUUCGGAUCAAACUAAAGAAAACAAAAAUGUAUCGCUUUAUAUUAUUAUUUUUUAUCACGAAUAUGCUGUGCCACGUUACCAGCGGUUCCUCUCAUGGUGAUCGUGAUCAUGCGGCUGACGAAGACCCGUUUCACAGUAUAUUGGAACAACUUGGAUUGAACGCAACCCUCAGCCAAACAUUAAACCUUACUCAUGUCAAUAACCUUCUCACAAGACUUCGAUUGUACAACUGCUCACAUGCAGCCAAACACAAGUGCGUCACUGGAGAAUCGCUGUUUAACAUUUCUAAAACCGCCACAGAUGAAACAGUUGGUGAAGAUGAUUUUAAGAAAAAUUUUGCUCCAAUUAUUGUAUACGCACUUUUACCGCAUAGUGAAGAAUCUCAUUCACACGAACAUAUGCAUGGUGGUAAAGAACAUAUGGAGAGAAUGAUCACAAAAAAUAUCAGUGUCUAUGAUGAGCUGCUGAAAAAAUACCAAACUGAUUCAUUUUGUGAAAAGAUAAUUGAUCAACUACUCAAGGAUGUCAACAGCACGAAAGGAGACUCGUUGGAUAGGAUGACUGAAUGUUUUUCGGCUCAUAAUGUUUACGAUCAUAUCAAUGUUUCACACACAAUGAACAUGGAACGUUCUCAUUUCCCUGAAGUUAGCGUCUUUAUCAUCGAUCAAUUGAUGAAGAAUAAAUGUAUUCGCAUUCAAUCCCAGUCUCCUUUACCGUGCUCAACAUACUUUGCCAAGCAUUUGUUUGAGGAUUACUCAAAAAAUGAAAGAGCAAGUGAAGAAAAUAUCAAAAAAUUAAUGUCAGACAUGAAAAUAUCGCCGACAACAGGAACACAGAGCGAUUCCCAUGGCCACGAUAACCACAAUCAUCGUCGCCGUAGAUCAGUAGAAACUUCAUAUGGUGUCCAAGAAUCCGAUAUCAACGUAAAAAUACGAUUACGCAGAGCAGCUGAAUCUCAUGAUGAUCAUCAUCACAAGAAUGAGUCUAAACUGUACGAACAGUGUUAUUCAGCGGACCAUUUCUUUGAAAUUUAUCAUGUCGAAAAAAGCAUUGGGUUCAAAUUUGAAGAAUUUAAGAAACUGGCUCCAGCCUUGGUACUUCAAAAAGCAACUAACAGAUGCGUCUCAGACUCCCAUGGUCAUAAUUCAAAGAAAAAGGGACCUUCCGAUUUUGAAAAGUGGGGCUAUGGUUUAUUGUCAGUGCUUGUUGUGAGUCUUUGUUCAGUUGCUGGAGUCAUGAUCCUUCCGGUGAUGCACAGAAUGUUUUACCAUAAAGUUGUCGUUUUCUUCAUUGCUCUGGCUGUUGGUACAUUAACUGGUGAUGCACUACUUCAUCUUCUGCCCCACGCAUUUGGACACCAUGACCAUGGGCAUGACGAUCAUGGAGGCGACGAUCAUAGUGAAGAGAGGGAAAAUUUAUGGAAAUUUUCCUGUGGAGCUAUUGCUAUUUACGCAUUCUUUGUUUUUGAAACUCUGAUUCAUCUGUUUGUACGCAAAUCUCGUAGUUAUGAGCUGGAUCAAAAACCCAGUCAGUUUUGCAGCAAUCUGCGCAACGUUACUGAAGUUGCAGCUGAAUCCGGUAUAUAUGAGAACGGCGUUGCGCCCCAAAGUAAGGGUGGAGAUUUGUCUGAAAAGAAGGAAAAGAAACCGAUUGCAACCGUAGCAUGGAAUAUUAUUAUUGGUGAUGGACUUCACAAUAUUGCUGAUGGUAUAGCUAUGGGAGUUGCGUUCUCUACGAGUGCGACUGGAGGAAUCAGUACUUCUAUUGCUAUAUUUUGUCAUGAACUUCCUCAUGAACUGGGUGAUUUUACCAUAUUGCUGACAGCUGGAUUAAGUGUAAAAAUGGCGCUUUUGGCUAACUUCUUAUCAGCCUGCACGUGUUUCCUUGGUUUGGUAGUUGGAAUUUUAAUUGGUGAAAUCGACAAUGCAAACCAGUGGAUCUUUGCCUUCACCGCCGGUGUUUUCAUUUACAUUGCAUUAGUUAACAUGUUGCCCGAGUUGCUAAAUAAUCCUGAUUACGACGAACUGCCAAGAUUAUCCCGAUUCAUACUUCAAAAUCUAGGAAUGUUGUGUGGUUUUACGAUCCUGUUUCUUCUCUCCUGGUACGAGCAUGACAUAAAUAUUUGAUGGACAUUGCAUUUUACUUUUUAUCCACUAUAUUCACCUCCUAAUAACUCUUAUAUUCCUAUUUAAAGUGACUUGCUCAACAUAGCUAGUUGCAUAUUUUCUCUUGCUAAUUUGUAUCUCUACAUUAAUCAUUUUCUAAGAUAAACUUCAUAAUGCAUGCUACCAUAUAUCGAUUAUUUUAAUCAUCACUAUCGUCAUAUUUAUUUUUUCUUACAAUUUUUUUAAUAUCAGUUGACAAAUAAUAAUUGUAUUAUGACUUUUUCAA